CAAUGCACACCUUGCACAUAAGUGAGUUUUCACUUCCUGGUAGCGAGCACACAUCAGCAGAAAAGCUGCGUGAGAGCAGAAGGAAGACUUUUCCCUACUCGGAUUUGACACUUUUUUUAUCCAACAUGCUGCCGGCGCUCCUAUUUGUUGUGACUUUGACCUCAUGUGUGGCACAGACCCCUGAGACGACCACUGGGAUAACUCCAACUUCAACAACAACAUCCACUGGGAUAACUCCAACUUCAACAACAACAUCCACUGUGGGACCUCCAACUUCAACAACAACGACAACCAAUGUGACGCAUCCACCAUUGGAAAUUUUUGCUGUACUUGAGAUGACAGUUCGGUCCUCUCAAGCGUUGAAUGCCACAGACCUGGAUGCUGUUUUAGACAAGCUCGCUGACCUAAUCGUUGCGAAGAACAAUAGUGCCAUCUUCACCCUCUCAGUCAAGAAGGUCAAGUUUUAAAACUUGCAGGUGAUUCUGCAGAAUCCGAUUCGUAUGUUAUCAAACAUACGUAAGGCUACAAAUAAUAAUAAGUAAUGAUCAUGACUGACGGAAUUGUUUCUUUUUAACAAGGAUUAAUCCAAAUCAACUAUUUUGCACGGAUUGUGUUUAUGAAUAGGCAGUAUGUGUGAUACAAAACGAUGAAAUAUUGCAACACAAUUGAAGAAUGCAUGCAGGAAAUGGAAUCAGGUUGUGUUUGGUGUGUUAAACUAUGCUGACAUCACA